UGCGUCUCUGCCGCAAAUGUCAUCAGAAGAAGAAGCGGGCAUACUGUAUAUCCAUGGCAUGGGGCCCUAUAGGAGGAGGAGCAGCAUACAAUGCAUAGGAUCGAUGUAGCUGCGGUUACUCUGGUGCGCCGGAAGGAGGAGACAAUGCCCCCCACCCCAUUUCUCUACUCUGUCCUGAUUGCACGGCACACAGCUACCUCGGUGCAUUUGUAUGCGCCCUCUCCUUUUUAUUUCUUCAUACAGGGAACAUAGGGGACUUUUACAACACCCUGCCGCCUCCUCGGCUUCCCCACAACCUGUCCUAUUAACACAGACACAUCCUGGAGUAGUCGACGGCUUCAUCCAUGCAUUGGAGUCCUUGGCCCCAGCGCACCGGCUCCGGCUUCAGCCAUGUCGGCCAGGAAUGCAGCGGCUGGCGGCGGUGACAGAGCGAGAGGCGAACCGGCAGAAGAUGUGCUGGUUGAGGAGAACCAAAGUGGUUCUGUGUCUUUGCCCAGCCUGAUGACCCCCUCCUCAGCUGCUUGCAUGUCCUUAAGCAUGGAGAUGCCCCGGAAGCGCAAGGGCAGCUUGGACAACCAGGAUACAAAAUCUUCUUCCAUCCCUGACGCAGAUAUGGAAGACAUCCAAAACAGGUCAGAUGGAGAGGACCAAAAUGUCAAAAUUAAAUGCUUCCGGGAACCGCACAGCCAAAUUGAGAAGAGAAGACGGGACAAAAUGAACAAUCUCAUUGACGAACUAUCAGCCAUGAUCCCUACCUGUAACCCCAUGUCCCGUAAGCUGGACAAACUCACUGUGCUCAGAAUGGCCGUGCAGCACCUCAAAUCUCUCAAAGGUUCAGCAAGUUCUUUUUCUGAAGCCAACUUCAAACCAUCAUUCCUUCCCAACGAGGAGCUCAAACACCUUGUCCUCAAGGCUGCAGAUGGGUUCCUGUUUGUAGUGGGCUGUGAUCGUGGGAAAAUAGUUUUUGUCUCAGAAUCCGUCACGAAGAUAUUAAAUUAUAGUCGGGCAGAGCUGAUUGGACAGAGCCUGUUUGAUUACAUACACCCAAAGGACAUGGGAAAAGUGAAGGAGCAGCUGUCCGCUUCUGAAUUAUACCCUCGUGAACGGCUAAUAGAUGCUAAAACCGGUCUGCAGGUCCAGGCUGACCUCCCAGUCAGUGCAGCGCGGCUGUGUUCGGGCGCACGCCGCUCAUUCUUCUGCCGAAUGAAGUACAACAAAAUUUUUAUCAAGGUGGAGGAGAAGGAAUUCCAAGCCAGCACCUCCAAAAAGAAAGAGUCGCAGAAGUACUGCACGGUCCACUGUACAGGCUACAUGCGCAGCUGGCCUACCAGUCAUUUGGAAAUGGAUGGGGACGGGGAGCCAGACAAGCAGGAUAGCUCCUACUACAGCUGCCUGGUGGCGGUGGGACGCAUCCACUCCCACUCAUCUCCCCAGGUUAAUGGAGAGGUCCGAGUUAAACCCAUAGAGUUCAUCACACGCUUUGCCAUGGAUGGAAAAUUCACCUUUGUCGAUCAAAGAGCGACAACUAUUCUUGGUUAUCUUCCCCAAGAAUUGCUUGGGACAUCAUGCUAUGAGUACUUCCAUCAAGACGACUUACCGCAUUUAGCUGACAAACAUCGAAAAGUGCUGCGGAGUAAAGACAAAAUAGAGACAGACUGCUAUAAGUUCAAAACAAAAUUUGGCUCCUUCGUCACUCUGCAAAGUCAGUGGUUUAGUUUUGUCAAUCCCUGGACCAAAGAAGUAGAAUACAUAGUGUCAACUAACACAGUUAUAUCGUAUGAUCCCGGUCGAACCAGUCGGUCGGAAGUCAAGUCUGAACUGUCGAGCAGUUCCAAGACUUCUGAAGAAGAUGGCAACAAGUCCCUUCAAGUUAUACUAGGCAUCUCCACCACACCUGGAGCUAUGAUUUACGCUGGAAGCAUAGGGACCCAGAUUGCCAAUGAACUGCUGGAUUUCAACAGGAUGAACUCAUCAUCUUCCAGUGGCAGCAUCAGCCCGUUCAGUCUACCACAGGAUAAGUGUCCACAAACUCACAAUCAAAUCAGCAACAAUAUGCCAAAUGGAGGGGCUACAGACAUGGAGAUUCCAGGAAAGUCCAGCUCGGAGGAUGAGCCCCAAGGAGCUGCAUUCUCAGGAGGAGAAUCCCUCAUGGUGGAGAAUUCCCAGCUGGAUUUGGACAGCGUAGUUGGACCGGGCCUUAGCAGUCUUAGCAAUGACGAAGCAGCCAUGGCAGUGAUCAUGAGCCUCCUGGAGACGGACACAAACUUGGGCGAGGCUGUCGACUUUGAAGAGAUGCACUGGUCUUCGUAGAAUCUGCUCUAAUGGUGUGAUGUUGUAGCACACUGAAAAACACUCGGCCAUUAUUUUUGUGAUGAGAACUGCUUGAAUGCUUACUCUUACUUAAGCCAGCAUUCCUUUUUGUUACAGGACCUUUUUUAUUUAUUAGUAACCUUUUUCAACAUAAGCUGUGUAAUCUUCGUGUGGCUGCCCUUACAGGGAGUGGGAUCAAAGACAAUAAGGGACACCUGCUUUCCCUCUUCAGAAGGAGGAUGUGCCUCUAAAGCCUUACAGCGGUUCCUCACUGCUUUCCUUACUCCUCUACUGUCAUCCUCUGUUUAACUGAAGAGGCCUCACAAGGUUGAAGAACCCAUGAACGCAAUUGACAGUGACGUCCAUCAUGAUGGCUCUGGAUUUUCUCCUUCACCUACAUUUGAACGAAGGUUGGGAGUGACGAUGCAAAAGAAAUUUGCACUGAAUUUGAUCCCGUAAUUAGGUACUGUAUGGCCAAUCUCUCUGACCCCUCAGGAUCCGAGCCGUAGGUACCCAGUGUACCACGGCAGACCACACUUCCAUAACCUCUAACUUUGAGAGUCACCUAAUGGUGUGCCACUCAGAGAUUUUCUCUUGUCAGUAUCUGAACAUUUUUCACGGAAACAGUCCAGCAACCUCCCCUCUCGUACAUUGACUUGAACAUGCUAUAUACUGUGUGUGUGGAUUUGGUAUGGUUGCAAACACCAUGUCUUCAAGCCAUAUCUGUCUUAAAGGGAUAGUUUGCAUAGGAAGAAUAUUUUCGUUUUUUAGUGUAUACACUUCUAUGGACAUUCAGUACAAAAAUAUUGGCUGCCCUGAAAUUGAAUUUGCCCUAGCUCUAAACCUUUAACAUUUCUUGGCAGUAAUGAUCCACCUUCAUGAUCCACCUACAUUUGUUGGAGAGCAGCCAGUUUUCGAUGGUUGACCAUUCGUGAACUGCUUUGGAUUUAUGAGCAUGACGGUACUACUUCAUGCUAAGUGAAACGCCAAUUUAGAGGUACUGAAAUGGAGGUUUGGUAGCAGCGGCUGAGCAGCAAACCCAUUACAAUUCUGUGACAUUUUAUCAAUACAAUACAGGUUGAUCUGAGUCUGAUGGUAGAAGUGAUAACCCAGGUCGUGAUGGAAACAGAGCCGUGCCAUUUAAACAUAGUAUGACACAGUUCUUAGUAUCAGCCGUAUUUUGUCCUACACUUUGUUUUACAUGCUUCCCUACAUACUGUACAUUGAUACAGAGUUUUGUUCACCUGUGUGUUCUUACACUUCUUGUCGGAUGUAUAAUCUUGCAGGUAAGCCAUAGCUUAAGCUGUUUUUUAUUUUUAUUUUUUUUUCAUGUACUAUUAUGCACUGGCAGUCUUUCAAAAGACAUGUUUUUUUUGCCAUCAUGCAUACCAUAUUUAAGUUAUUAUGCUAUGCAGAGCUACCGUUCCAUAAAUUCUAAGUUUGAAGGUAUAUACAGUAUAUUAUGUAAUCCUUUCUCCCUCCAUGUAAUAUGUCACUCAUGCAUGACUCAAAAACCCCAGAUGGUAUACAACUAUAAUGCAGACUUUUUAUAUCACAUUUGGUGAAAACUUGAAUGAUCCCUUUUUUGAUUUACAUCAUGUAGAGUUUUGUUUUUCCCAUGUUUGCCGUUGAAUACCUUGGAUUUUACGAACGGAACAUUUACAGCCAUCACGUGAGGAUCUAUAUGUUAGCGUGGCAGUCAGAUGGCCUUAUGGGUUGAUGUAAGGUAAAAACUUUGAAUUACCCAAGUAUGUUAAAUUAUUGUCACACAGUGAUGUUGGUGCCCAAUAAUACAGACCUUAUGUUUUUACACAAAGGUUCAGUUUUAAAAAUAUAUUGUAUUGGAUUGUUUUAAAAAUGUAAGCGCUUUAGUACACUUCCCCGCUUGUGAAAAGAAAAUUAGAACAUACUGAAAUCAAGCUAAAUUAUCAUUUGGCACAUGGAUUUUUUGAUUGUAUGUUACAUUUAUCACAUUUCUUUUACCUGAAUAAUUUAGAGUUUUGUGAAUUGCUGGAAGCUCACAUGGAGUGAAGUCAGUACAGUAUAUUUUAACUUAAUCCUAAAUUUCUGUAAAGUGUUUCGACUGUGUAUCUGUAUCUUACCUCCUUUCAUCAGUAUCGCAACCAAUCAGUCAAAUAUACAAUGUAUGGAACUGUGUAGCUUUUAAACCAUGGAAUCAUUCAUUUUGGAAUCUCAAGCCACCCCAGAGAGCCCCUCUCUGGGGGACUGUUGCAGAUUUUCCAAUAAGAACUCUUAAAGGGUUGUGAAUCAUGAAGAAUACAGUCUUUUGUUUCAAAUGCUUGAAUUACGAGUAGCCAGUGGAUGGACCACGCAAGGACCCUCCUGCUUGUGUCCGAAGUGCCUUUGGACAUGUCUGCUCGGACACUCGACAAACCUGCGUGUUGCUUAUGGAGACCGCCUCCCACCUGGCAACCUCCGCAGACUGAAAGGAGGGCUAAAAUGUAUCAUUGGAUUAACUUGACGCAUACUGUGCACAUCAUGAAAUGAAGCGGAAGCUUGUUCGCAGAUAAAACAGGAGUUGUACAUGUUGGCUUCAGCACUCCCUACCUAACCAAACAAGCAAAGCUGCGGGGCCGUGCCAUAGACACAGGCUGGUCUUUUGUUUUGUUUUUUUAAAGCCAACUAGUCCAGUUCGUAUUAUUUUUUUGAUCCUGUUCUUUUUCAAUCAUUGUACUGUUGUAGCUGUAAUUUAGCUAGAAAGCUAAAACAAUGCUCCUAAUUCAGCUUAUUUGGUGGUGACUGAAUGAUAAACCUUGCUGAGAGGUCGUGUUUUUGCUUCUGUCUCCGUUUGACAUAAAACUACUUUUUAUAAGCUAGGUAACAUUAUGUUUUGAUUUCAUGCCCUGCUUUGUGUCUAGUUGCAUGCCGCUUUUUUGAAAUCAUUUGUUGGUUUUUGAAAUGUGUUGCAUCAUUAGACUAGGCUAGGAAGUUAAGACAGACUGGUGACAGCCAGCCAACUGGCACUGCACAGGAGGAAGCUGUUGUGGAGUUUGUUACUGCCUCAAUUGUACCCCUUCCUGCCACUUUUUUUCCCCUUCUCGUUUGAUUUUUAGUCCCCGGUGGAAUCACUUUCUGUAUUUGUCUAUUGCUGCUAUACUAUCAACAUGUCUGGGCUGUCUUCCCAGGUUGUCAGGUUGUUAAUAAAUUAGUUUAUUAAACCCUCAA